AUGAGAAUCAGUGCAUUGAUACUAGCUACGAUCGACGCCAAGGAGAGGUCAUGCUCGCGCGCGGGAGCCAUCGAUAGAUACAAGACAGCUUCCCUCGAGCAGAAAGAAUGCGAGAUUGAAGAAGAAUGGAGCACUUGGUCUCAGUGUUCUGUUAGUUGUGGAACUGGGAUACAGUUAAGAGAACGCCAACUGCCUGGAUGUGUCAAUGGCACCGAGGUCGAAGAUCAAGAGUGCUUUGCAGGGGCCUGCUUGAAAAGCUCUGUGUCCCGAGUUAGCGACACGAACUGUGACGUAAUUAAGCAAGACACUUUGCUAAAGCUGCAAUUGAUGAUGAUCGAAAACUGCGCUCCGUAUCAAUGGUCGAAGUGGUCGGAUUGCACUAAUAAAUGCUCCGGACGACGAAGUAGAACAGCUCUUAGCCACGAAACUGAAACCAUUCAGUAUGAGUGGUGCCACAAGCUCAACAGCUGCCAAAAGAUGGAUUGCAACGAAAUUUGGCAAGGAUGGUCCGCAUGGCAGAUAACAGAUAUAAGUGGUAUCCAGACGCGAUUCCGAACAAACGACUGCAAUGAUAGCGACUUUGACUAUAGAAAUACUGAUCCCGUGAAUUCUUACGUCGAAUCUACAAAAACAACUCCGUUGCCGACGCAAAUGAGUCAAACAAUAAGUUUGUCUCUCUUCGAUCCACGAGGCACUGAAGCUCCAGAAAGACGUUUUCCGUCCUAUAUUCCUGAUUUUGAUCCUGUUAUCUCUUCCGAUGACACCAUUCCACAGGCGGGGAAUUUUCUUCCCUACCCUGAGCAAUAG